AUGAGCCGCCAUUACCCCUAUUUGAGCAUAAACGGACGCGUUCACCAACUUGUUCAACUCUCUCAGAUCAAGAUGGUGCACGGGCUCACCCAAGAACUCGACCAAGAGAGACGACAUGAUGCCACCAAGCGCGGGAGUUAUGAUCAUUAUCCAGACGUUCUACUCGUCGACCCGUUGAAAUUGGUCUCGCUUCAAUCCUCAUUGCAAGCCAAGGUUGCCCAGUGCAUUGGCCGUGAAACUGGCGUGGACGUAGCGGCCAUGCACCACAAGCUUGCAACGCACCGCGUGAAAACUUGGGCAGGAUGCAGCAAUUAG